GGAACAAGCUUCAUCUUUUUUGAGUCUUUUCAUUGAAUCGCACAAUCGUAUGUCCACAUGAACAGUUAAUAUUCGUCUUAUAAAUUAUAUACUAUUUAAGAUGCGCUUAUCAGGUCUGCAAAAAGAGGUCUUGUCUCUUUACCGGAAUUGCCUCCGGGAAAGCCGCAAGAAACCCGUGGCUACGCGACCGCACUUUGAAUCAUUUGCUAGAUCUGAAUUUCAUAAACAUAUCAAACUAGACAAAAGAGACUUUUCUGCUAUCGAGUUUCUAUUACGGAAGGGGAGACGCCAGUUAGAACUAUAUUCAUCACCUGGUGUUAAAGAUGUUAGGUGAUACUGCCUAAUAAUAUCGGAGAAUGAGAAACUACAGCCCACAGCAGAGGCGGGUCAUAACUACCAAUCUCAAUAUUGGCUUACCGAGUCACUACUAUGAUGAACAGUCGUCAUCUGAACCAUGGCGAAGUCUAUAAG